CAAUUAGUCGUUAGUACAACGUCAACAGGCACAUAACGGUUUUCGGCAGUCAAAAAAAGAAUAAAUUAUGGAAAAAACAGUUUUGUACGCAAUUGGCGGUAGCCCACCCAGUCGCGCCGUUUUGCUUACUUUGAAAGCGUUAAAUGUACCCUUCGAAUACAAGGUCAUAAAUGUAUUGGCUGGUGAACAUCGAAAACCGGAAUAUCUCGCCAUUAAUCCACAUGGCACAGUACCAACAUUGGUUGAUGAUGGGGAGAUAAUCACCGAUUCUCACGCUAUCACCACAUAUUUGGUUGACAAAUACGGCACUGACGACUCACUCUAUCCCAAGGAUCUGGUACAGCGCGCCAAGGUUAACCAAUUUUUAUUCUAUGAAGCCACCGUGGUUUUCGAUCGUACGUUCCUUCAUAUGAGCAGAGGUGUUUUCAAUAAUAGCAAUGUAAUUCCAUAUGCCAAAAUCGAUGCCAUCUAUAAGGUGUACGCUAGUCUGGAGGGUUUCCUGAAAGAGCAUCCAUAUGUGGCUGGUGAUCAGCUAACGGUUGCUGAUUUUUCACUCAUCGCCAUCAUAACGACCUUAUUCACUUAUGCUGAACUCGAUGCGGGUAAAUAUCCCAAACUUGUCGAAUGGGUCAAGCGACUGGAAGCGCUACCCUAUUAUGCCGAAGCGAACGGUGUUGGUUUGCAGCAAUAUCAAAAUUAUGUGAAAUCUAUUGGUUUUAGGAUUUUGCGUUAAAUAAAAGUUAGCAAAUUGUUUAAUAAAUAAA